AUGGAGAAGCCCAGCACCGACCAAGUGGAGCAUGCAGAUGACCAACAGCUCGGCCAUAUCGCCAACCAAGAAGACCACGAGCUAAGCAAAUGGCAGAGCAUGAAGCAAUAUCCAUGGAUCUUUGCCUGGUGCGUCUAUGCCGUGUGGUGUGUUCUUCUCGUUAGCUUCGAGAACCAGGCUUCUGGCAAUGUGACCGGUAUUCCCGAAUUCCGCAAGGACUUCGGGCACUUCUAUGAGGGGAGUUGGGUCCUCGAGGCGAAGUGGCAAUCUGCCUUCAGCGGCGGGCCGGUAGCAUCGGCGGUCGUCGGUGCCCUGUGCUCGGGUCAGAUUGCUGAUACCAUUGGGCGCAAGUUGACCAUUGGCAUUGCUCUCUUGAUUACCGUUGCUGCCGUCACGUUGGAGUUCGUUGCGACGACGAACGAAAUGUUCUUCGGUGGGAAGUUCCUCAAUGGCUUUGCUCUCGGUGCUUUGGCUUCUGUUCCUAUCACUUACGUCGGAGAGAUCUCCCCCCUUGCCCUUCGCGGAACUCUAACUUGCUUAACCGCACUGGCCUACUGCAUCGGCCCUUUCGUCGUCGCUCUUAUCACAAACACAACGGGAACCUACACAAACCGCUGGGCCUACCGCGCCGUCUUCGCAGCACAGUACGGCUUCGCCGCAGUGGCACUUGCAUUUAUCGCCUUCAUGCCCGAGUCUCCAUGGUGGCUAAUGUCCAAGGACCGCCCCGACAAAGCCCUCAACAGCCUCCGCAAGCUGGGAUACAACGAAGACGAGCGAGUCAAAAAACUAGCUCUAAUCAAGGUAACCCUGGACGACAUCAAGCGCGAAACCGAGGGCGUUACCUAUCUAGAAUGUUUCCGGCGGUCUAACCUCCGCCGCACGAUCAUCUCCAUCGUCCCGCUUAGCAUCCAGGCGCUGUCGGGUGUCGCGUUUGUAGCCGGGUACUCGACGUACUAUAUCCAGCUGGCUGGGUACAGCACGGCGAUGAGUUUCCGGUUGCAGAUUGCGCAGCAGGUUGCGUCGCUGGUUGGAAACGUCAUGUCUUAUUUCUUGAUUGACCGACUUGGUCGUCGAAACCUGAUGAUCUUUGGUCUGGGUGUUCUGACCAUCAUUCUCAUGUUGACUGGUGGGUUGGCUGUGCUUGGCUCUGACACCUCGAAUCCUAGCUCUGGUGGUGCUGUUAAGGGCACUGUUGCUUUGAUUCUCAUUUAUUGCUGGUGGUAUAAUAUGACCAUUGGAUCGGCGGGUUAUACUAUCCUGGCGGAGGUGUCGACGUCCAGACUGCGCAUCAAGACCAUUGCUAUUGGUCUGGCUUUGCAGAAUGCGCUGUAUACCAUGUGGUCUUUUGUCUUGCCAUAUCUUUUCAAUCCGGACCAGGCGAACCUUGGCGCUAAGGUUUCUUUUCUAUUCGGCGGGCUUGCGGUGUUGUGUCUGGUUUAUUUGUGGUUUUAUCAGCCAGAGACUGCGGGUAGGACUUAUGCUGAGCUUGAUGAGAUGUUUGUUAAGAAGGUCCCCGCGAAGAAUUUCAAGAGGUAUCAGACUGAUGCUGAGGCUAUGGGUGUUGCUGUAAAGGAUGAAGAUACCAGUGUAUAG